AUGAGCGCGACUCCAGACAGACGCUCAAGGCUCUCCCAAUCUCAUCCACCCUCAGCACAAUCCCGACGAAACCAAACCCACCCCACCGAAAUCCCAUCCCUACCAGACUAUGUUCCCCCCGAGGCACCCCUCACAGCCGAAUCGCAACGACACCUGGCAUCUUUAAUCGCAAAUACCUACCACCGCAAUCUAAUAACACACCUUAAACACGCCAACGAAAAACUCACACACUCAGGCGGUGAAGUGAAUGAACGGUUGGCCGAUGCGCGCGGCCGCUACGAGAAGAAUAAAUACCUGCGACGACAACGCGAGGGACUGGAAGAUGCGGAUGGAGGUGAAGAUGACGAGGAAGAUGAGGAGUAUCAGCGGCUUGCUGGAGAGGAGACUAAGGUCAACGCCAUUACCGCGCAAAUGGAGGAAAAGGCGCGGUUGAUGGUUGAUUCGGAGGCUAAGCUGCAGACGUUGACGGAUGCCAUAACUGAACUUGAUAAGCAGGAGGGGGAGGCUAUUUCUGCGGCUUUAGGGUCAAGGCAGACGCGUGCUGGGAGGAAUAGGCGGCGCGCCAAUGAUGAUAAUGAUGAGGAUGGAGAUGGGGAGGAUGAGGAUGAUGCUGAUUAUGAGGAUGCGCAAGAGCGCGAGACGCAGGAAAUGAAUUCGCGGAACCCGCCCAGCCGAAGGUUGGAAAAUAUGAUUGCUGAGGGAGCGGAAAAGUGGGAUGAUAUGUCUUUGACGGAAAGAUAUGCUGGCCAUAACCACUACAUCGGGUUCUAUCGCAUGGUUCACGACUCUAAAUUCCCCGGCGACGAUGUGCCCCCGCUCCCCCACUCGUCUACAUGGUUCCAGCAUAUGGAGGAUACAAGUGCUCGCUCAAGUGGAGCACGUACCCGCAACCAACGGCGUCACUCUUCCGUUGACGACGAUGACAUCGCCAUUGAGCGCGAGCGUAUCUCUCUGAAGUGUCCAUUGACCCUGUUACCAUUCCGUGAUCCGGUUACCAGCACCAAAUGUCCCCACAGCUUCGAGCGCGAACCGAUCCUCGAUAUGAUCACCCGCAGCCCGACUACCAUUCCACCGCCUGCAGCUCGCCGUGGCCAACGCCGUAUCCACGUGAUCAAAUGUCCCGUCUGCUCUACUCCGUUGACUGCCGAUGAUCUGAACCCAGAUCCUGUUCUCCUCCGACGAGUGCGCCGUGCGCAGGAACUCGAGGAACGAGAAGAAGACGAGGACCAUCUUGGCGAUGGACGGGUGAACAAACGUCGUAACAGCGAGAUCAGUGUGGCCAGUGAUGGGAGUAACGAUGGUAUGGAUGUGGAUACACCUGAACCCUCACAGCGUAUCAAGGCCGAACGGUUCAGUCAACCGGCUCCCAUGUCAGUUGAAUCGGAAAGCGGAGAAGAAGAAGAAUCCGGGGAAACAAGCGAGGACUCGGGUUGA